AUGUCGUCCGAGUGCGAGAGCCAAGAGACGAUCACCUCGAGAGCUCUCGAGCCUCUGCUCAAGUACGAGCGCGUGGGCGGUCACUUCCACGCGAUUUUCAAGGACGACUCGCUCAGCUGCAUCGCAUUGCACGUCAAGUUUGUUUGUGCUGGGACCUACGGGGGCAACGUGCUGCUGCUGGAGCUCGACGGCCGCUUCAUUCGUCGUCUGCAUCAGCACUAUAAAAAGGUGAACCAAGUGUGCAUCGACGAGACUGGACAGUUUAUCGCAUCGUGCUCCGAUGAUGGCACGGUGGCUGUGUAUACGCUAUUUCCAGUGACUGCUGAAGGUCCUGAAGGUCGUGACCACGACGUGAGUGGCCAUCGACAUGCUCGCAAUCCGAGCACCAAGGCGGUAAGACAAAAGAGUUUGGUCGCAAGCACAGGCGGAGAAGUGAACAUUUAUAACUACACGAGUGCAAUUUACGCCGUGCAGCUGGAAGACCGAUACGCUGUGAAGCGUGAGAAGAGUUUUGCAUGUGGAGGCGUCGCAGGUCAGCUGAUUAUUAAUAAAAAAGGGUGGAUCCUGGAUAAGGAGACGACUGUGCAUGAAGGAGAAGGACCCGUGCAGCUCAUUCGCUGGAAAAACGGGCUCGUGGCAUGGGCCAACGACUGGGGAGUGAAGGUGUACGACUCGGGAACGGAUCAGCGCGUGACGUACAUUGAACGCCCACCAGAUUGUCCGCCCAUGGAGCUCUGUCGCUGCCAUCUAGAGUGGCAGGGAAACGAUGUUUUGCUCGUUGCGUGGGCGCAUACGUUACGCGUUGUGACGUUUAGAAAGGGGCACUCUGAGCCGUCGGCGUCGCCAACUUCAGCUGCUGCGUUGGACGCCGUGGAACAGCCAUCUAGUGAAGUAACAGCAGAGGUGGCGGCACUGCUUACAUUCGAUUUUUUUGUGGCUGGAAUCAGCCCGUGGGGUGGUGGCUCGGUCGUCUCAGUGCUGGCAUUCCGACCACCUGGAUCGUCAUUGGCGUCUACAGGCCCUCAAGGCAAAUCAACGAAAGUUGAGGGUGAAGGGGAAAGCGGAGAAAUGCCGUAUCCAGAAGUGCACGUCGUGCGCUUGGAUGGAAAGCAAGUCAGUGCUGAUUUGCUUAACUUGAAGAGCUAUCAGCGGCUUCGUGCGUCCGAUUAUAUGAUGCCUACUCUUCGCUAUGCACAUGCGCCCCCGUCGAACUUGGAAUCAACUGAUCCAUCGUCAAUAUAUGAUGCUGGAUACGGUCAACUAGCGUACGUCUGUACUCCAAAGGAUGUCGUUAUAUGUCGACUCCGUGAUGCAGAUGACCGCGUGGAGCGGGCACUGGCGCGGAAGCAGUACGCCAAAGCACUCGAUGUAGCUUUCCAUGAUCCGCGUGCUCUUCGACGUGUGGUACCCACUGAUGUAAUCGAGGUGUAUAUAGGUAACUUACUACACCAGAAGAAAUUUCAGAAGAGUGCUGAGGAGAUCCAGCGGCUGUUCACCGGUGGCAGCGAAGAAUACGCAAAGCUUUGGGAAAAGUACGUGUAUGUGUUUGCUCAGCGUGGGCAACUGAGCGCAAUCGCGCGUUAUAUACCAACGGCAAGCCCACGUUUGCCUAAAGUGCAAUAUGAGAUGGUGCUGAAGCAUUUCCUCGAUUCAGAUCCAGGCCAACUUCUCGAGCUCAUUCGGAAAUGGCCUAAGCCAAGGCGGCAGGAUAGUAUGAUGGCUCAGCAGCAGUUUGAAGGUGACACGUCUGACGUUGCCCCGGAGUAUACCGAAACGGUUCACGUGUUUGAGCCGCUCUAUGAUGCCCAGGCAUGGAUCAACCAGCUAGAGACAGUCGUGCGUCGUCGCCGUAUCGCUGAAGCUGACGCAGAUCGCUUGAGCGUUGAGACGACGUAUUUGAUGGAGGCUCUGGCGGAACUCUACACGGCUACCGAACAGUAUGAUCAUGCGCUACGUAUUUACAUCAGUCAAGGCGAGUCGUGUUCGAACAAAGAAUUCGCGUUCAAGCUGAUCACUGAGCACCAGUUGUGGUCACUUGUUGUUAACAAAGUGGUCAACCUCAUGCGCAUUGAUAAGGCCAUUGCAGUCCGUAUGCUCGUCAAUCAGACGGAGCAGCUCAAGAUUAGCGAUAUCGUUGCUCAGCUUGAGGGUGAGCCUGAGCUGCUGCACACGUAUCUGCAUGAACUCGUUCUACGCCGCUCGGGAGAGUACAAUUCGGAAAUCUACUCGGCACUGCACGAGAAGCAGAUUGCGCUUUACGCUGAGUACGCACCAGAGUUCCUGCUGAAAUUCUUACAGACGAGCAGCUUCGUUCCGUUGGAAAAGGCUUACAAGUACUGCAGCGAACACAGUCCUCCACUAUGGGAUACAAUGAUCUACGUUCUUGGUCGGAUGGGACACCACAAGAAAGCACUGGACCUCAUUUUGACGCAGCGUCGCGAUAUUAAUCAAGCAAUUCAGUUUGUCCAAGAGCACGACGAGGGUCUGUGGGAUUACCUCAUAGAUUUGAGCCUUACCAGCAAAGACAACGUAGAAGAGUUGUUACGGUUCGCUUCACAACACAAGAUUGAUCCCAUUACGCUUAUACGCAAGAUACCGGAUGACAUGGAGAUUGUAAACCUCAAGCAGCAGCUCAUCGCAAUCAUCACCAACUACCGCUUGCAGCAAAACCUUUGUGUCGGUUCUCGCAAAGUUUUCGACAGCGACCGCGUAGAGCUUUUGCAUCGGCAAGUUGAAGCACACAAACGUGGACGUCGUGUCGCCGCGAAAAAGGCGUGUGCCAUCUGCAGCGAGUUGCUACGGGCCCCGUCGUCCGGCAUGGAAACAGUCCACGCGUGUGUGUUUGAGUGCGGCCAUUGCUACCACCUCCCGUGUCUCGAAGAAAAGAUGCGUAUGUGGAAGAGCGCCAAAGCCGUAGGGUCGAACGAUCUAAACCGCGCAUUAGGCUGCUUUGUGUGCGACCACAGCACGCGCGCAUACGCUCGUUCCAGUGAUUAUCAUCAGCUGAAUGCAGAGCUGACUGCUCUGGCUGUACGAGGAGUCUCCGAAGUCCAGCUGCAGCGAGCAAAGGACAGCAUCCUUAGCUCUACCAAUGCAGCCGAAGUCCAGCUGCAGCGAGCAAAGGAUAGCAUCCUGAGCUCUACCAAUGCAGCCGAGUGA